AUCUUUGUCCGCAAAACACGCGUUUCGCGCCUUGGCGGCACACAAGCAUCAGUAUGAACCUGUCAUUAGUCGCCCGGAAGGCGCUCGAGCUGCUGGCUUCCACGCCUAUGUCCAGGGCCUCGACUCGCCAGAUCUGUGCCGGCUGCUGGAUAUCCGCUUGAAAUGAAGAGCCAUUUUUUGAUGAACCAUCGCCUCUCAUCUCUGGCCGUGCCCCUGGCGGACGGGAGCACUGCUGCUCGAAUCAAGAUCCCUCAGAUGACUCAUCAAGAUACGUCGGGAGGAGUACAUCAAGAUCUGACCAAUCGCCUUAUCGAUGCCCGCUCGUCACAGGAGCUGCUGGCUCUCAUCGACAAGGACCUUCAUCGCUUCAACACUGUCAACCUCGUCACGGGUCUGAGGCGACUCGUGCAUUUCGGCUAUGAUGUCAAGCGCGACAGAAAGAACACGGCGAGGUACUGCGGUAAUGACGUCGUCAAUCGUCUACUGCAGAGAAUCGACAUGGAGCUGCAAUCGGCAACAGCUCGGGGGAAUGCAGUCCCCCAAACAGAUUCGACGGGAGGUGGUGAACGACGGAGUCCUUUCUUGACCUACCAGGAGAGCGACGACGGCGGAGUCGGCGAUCCCUCGAGUCCAUCUCAUUCCGUCGGAUCCGUUCUUCCUUGGAAGUCUUCAUUUUCACCUCGCGACUUAUCCACGUGCGCGUGGUCCCUGAGCAAACUCGGUCUGGCAUCGCUCUGCCGCCACAUGUUCGAUAUGAUAACCUCCGUGUCCCUCUCGAACCUGGCCCACUACACCCCUCAAGAUGUCAACAUGCAGCUAUACGGCUACGGCGAGGCACAAGUGGCCGACCCGGUCCUCUUUCGCGAGUUGGGCAAUCUAAUUUGCCGCCGCGUCGAUGACUUCUCUCUGUCGUCCCUUGCUCUUGUCCUGUGGGCAUAUGCUACGACCAAGACGGCACACCCAAUGCUGUUCGCUGCUGUGAGCGAUGCUGUGACCAGGGAGGGGGCGAGGCGGCUGCAUUAUGAGUCAGUUCGCGUGGGGCAGAUCGCUAUGAUUGUGUGGGCGUACAGCGCAAUGCAAGAAGUCCACGUGCGGCUCUUCGACGCGAUCGCACGGAAACUCAUCGACGAGCUGAGGACGGACCGGCAGAGCCCUUCACAGUGGCGCAUGCAGCUGACCAGCAAGGACGUGGCUAACGUUGCAUGGGCUUACGCGCGACAGCUACUACUGCUCCAAGAAAGAAGGGCAACGCCGGAGAAGCAAAUGACAAUUGACAAGCUCCCGCUCCAUGCUGAGGACAUGGACUUGCAGCUGCCAGCUGUCAAGGUGCCAGCGAAUCGGACCUCGCCUCCUCCCCUCACCCCACUGCAUCGGGAUCUCUUCGACGUUCUAGCCACAAAGGCUGUCAACCUGCUCCUCGCCAACCGGUUUCCCUCCCACGAUUGCGCCAUGCUUCUCUGGGCCCACGGGAAGCUGCGGCUUCACCACGCCUUGCUGGUGGAAACCAUGACGUCAUACCUUCUCUCGGCCGACGACGUGAAAGACGCAAAAACUGUGGAUGAAGUAGCCUCUGCUGCGCCGGUUCCUCUUCCUGGCGUGACGGACGAUGCUGUGCGGAGUCGAGCCAUGACUAAGCCAACUGCAAGAGGAAAGUUAGAUCCCCCAAGAGCGCCUCCUUUGUCGCAGAGCCGCCGAUUCGACUAUCGUGAGGGGAAAGAGGGUCCCCCCAUGCCUACUGGCGGCGAUUCUCGGCUAACUCAGUUCGCUUCUCAUCAUCUCGCUGUCGUGUGCUGGAGCUAUGCGGCCCUUCGCGUCCCAUGCGAGGCUCUCUACACGGAGAUAGGCCUGGAGAUCGUGAAGAGGUAUCAGACCGACAACCUCAAGGAAGGGGCAGAUGGGGAGGGGCCUUCAAAUCUAUCGCCCCAAAGCCUCGGCAUGUUCGCGUGGUCGUUCGCUGUGGCAAACUAUCGCGAUCGUAAGGCACUGGGUGUCCUGGCGGCCGCAGUACCUCACCUAGUGAAGAAGGGGCGGUUCAACGCCCAGACCGUGGCCAAUUCCGUCUGGUCCUUCGCCGUGUUGCAUUUCUUCCACUUCCCGACAUUCGCACUUCUCGGCGAUGCGGCCCUGCGCUAUGUGGGAAACAUGAGUGUGCCGGCCACCUGUGCUCUUCUCUGGGGUUUAGCGAUCGCCGGCAUCCAUCAUCGACCCCUGUGUGCGGCCUUGCUGACGCGGGUGGGUACUGAAAUCCAAGUCCAUGUAUUGUUGUGUUCCCUCUUGCCUGAACUUGUGUCGGUAUUUUCAGUUGCCGCAACUAUUGAAGGGAAUGGAUGCGUCUCAGAUCGGGAUUGUUGUGUGGGCUCUGGCGUCCGUCGGAGCCCUGCAGUCCUUGAUCGUCUACCCACAACUCCGACUGUCGUCUCAGUGGAUGGACUUGCACCGGCAGCGAGAGGAGACAGUCAACAGAGUAGCACACUAUAUACUCCACGAGAGGGGGCUGGCGACAUUCCCUUCCGAGAACCUCACAUCUGUCAUGUGGUCUCUCGCUGCUGCUGGACACUUUACGCAACCGGUAAGUGAGCAUGAAGGUGUCAGGGAGCGGAAUGGAUUGAAAGGUGACGCGGUGUGAUGCUCCAGGUAGGGGAACUGUUCAGGCAGGCCUUCCAGCUACCCAUGUGGGACGACGCCAUUAAUCGUAUGGACGGUCCCUCCAAGCAUCAGGUGCUGUAGAAGACUGCUCCAGCACCUUCGUCAACGUCUUCUGAAUUGAUCUUUUGCAGCUCCUCGUUACCCAUUGUGUGACGCUAUGGAUGCUAGCUCAACAGGAGGACAAUGGGUCACGGUUUCUGUCUUCGGCUGCUCGUCGUUUGUCGCACAGCCUUAGCCCGUCUCCUCCACCCCGUCCGUCUGGGCCCCGCGUCGGUCCAAUCCAGCAGGCCCUCCUCGAUGUCGGUGUGUCCCCUGGGCUGUCGGCAAAGGUGAUCUGCUGCCUUGAACGUCAGCUUGAUGCCGUGAGGAAGACAGUACAGACGUCGACAGCCCAGCGCCUUACGGCCAACUCUCUGGCACAGUUGCGGGUGCCCUGUCGUGAAGAGCUGAUGACCCCCGAGGGAUUCCUGAUCGAUGUGGCUGUCUUGCCCCAAGACUGGAGAGAGGACUCACAGGGAGAUGAUGAGAUUCCGGGAGUGAGAGACUUUGGAAGGCCCAUUGCUGUCGAGAACGAUGGACCGACACACUUUGUUACAGCAUAGUAAGUGGACACACAGGAGCCACGCCACUGUGUCAGCCCGCGAUUACUCGGAUGCUGUGUGAAGUGGCAGUCCAUCAUCUUUUCGGCAGCCCGUCCCCUCUUCCCUCACAAUGCCUCGGGCAGCUGACGCCCAACUCCAGUACGGCGGAAACGCUCUUCUGAAGCAAUGGUGAGUGAUGUUCGACCCUUUUAUCCAUUUAUCACACAUCCGGCAACGGACUUCGGCUGACCGUAGGUUGCUUCGGGAGCAUGGAUGGACUGUGGUGCCGAUAAGUCACCUUGAGCUGUCAGAAGAGACAAACCAGCCCAUCGAUAUCGUGCGCAAGAAACUGAGAGUGGCGGUCACAGAAGGAUGAGUGUGACCGAUGUUCCACCAGGGCUGUCGCGAUGGCUUCGGGCCGAUGUUGCAUAGCAUCAGCAGAAUGAACACCCAUGUUCAGACAUGCUGAUUGUCUACUGAAUGCAUUGGCGUCCGGAGUGGGCUCCAGGGAUGCGUAGUGUUGGAUUGCGCACACCCAUCCACAAGCAAUAGAUGAGCACAUGGACACGUGAAGGGGGUACAUGGACUCGUGAUGGCUCCUAACUGAGUCCAUGUACCUUGAACUGCGAAUCUGAGUUAUUUUGUUAUCCGUCACGUACUUAUUUCUCCUUAUCUGUAUCUGGAGAGGAUCUUUUCUUUUG